AUGGUCUCUUUACGACCUCUGUUGCACUAUGCUGCCCUGGCGGCUCCUAUUUCGGGAAGUCCUGUUCUUGAGAGCGAACAUCGUUUGGUUUCCACCAAGGUCAUUGCAGAGACGCCGGCAGGAUCCUUUUUGGAAAGUACCAUCAUUCGCCCAAACGGCGACAUUCUCGCAACUUCUGCCAUGGGUGACCCCAAGGUUUACAUUGUGAAGGGGCCCUCGUCUCGCAACCCCUUUGUUGAGGAGAUAGCAAGCGUAUAUGGAGUCCAAUCGCUCUGGGGAAUCACUGAAAUCCCUCCAAUUAACGGAGUAGAGACUUACGUUUUUGUCGGUGGCAACGUUACGUCUCUUGCACCCUUGAAGCCGGCUGUUGGUUCAUGGCAGGCUUUCCGACUCUCCUUUCCAAAGCGUGGAGUAGCAAAAGUUGAGCAAAUCGGGGAUCUAGGGCGAGAAACGGUCCUGUUGAAUGGCCUCACCCCAAUUCCUGGAAGCCCUGGAUCUGUCCUAAUCGCAGAUUCUGGGAGAGGAACAAUGGGUCGUCUGAACGUUGUUGAGAAGAAAUGGGAGAUGGAUGCCUUCGCGGAGCCCGAGAUGGCUGUGCUCCCAAAUUCUCCGCUUGGAAUGGGGGCUGUUGCCGCCAAGUUUCGCGAUGGCUAUCUUUAUUUUGCUUCUGCAUCCACAUUCAUUUAUCGCCUACGUGUUGACUGGAAAGGUUCCAAGAUCCCUGGCGCCAAGGCAGAGCUUGUUGUGGACGUUUCUGAAAACUUCUCUGGAAUCGACGAUUUCAUUUUUGAUCGAGCUGGAAACAUCUACUUUACGUCCAACGCUCCUACGAAUGCCCUUGGUUACAUCAACACCAGGAGCGGGGAGAAUAAAAUCGUUUCAGGGGGCUUCAACGAAACCAUCUUGGCUGAUUGUGCUUCACUUGCUUUUGGCCGAUCCCAGAAUGACAAAAAUGUGUUAUAUGUCGUUCGUGGUAGAGGGUUUACUGAAGAGCAAGACUUUGGGAAGGUUGUUGCGGCUUGA